AUGAGGAGUUUUUUGUGUGUGAUGGGGAAUUCAUUUGGUUGCUCGGCGUCCGGUGAGAGGUUGGUGUCGGCGGCGAGGGACGGCGAUUUGGUUGAGGCGAAGAUGCUUUUGGAAUGCAACCCUUGUCUUGCUAAGUACUCAACCUUUGGUGGUCUCAAUUCACCUCUUCAUUUUGCAGCUUCCAAGGGCCAUAAAGAGAUUGUGGCAUUGUUGCUUCAGAAUGGAGCUGAUGUGAAUUCAAGAAAUUACUGUGGGCAGACGGCUUUGAUGCAAGCUUGUAGAUAUGGUCACUGGGAAGUUGUACAGACCCUUCUGCUCUUCAGAUGCAAUGUUAUGAGAGCAGAUUAUCUCAGUGGGAGGACAGCUCUUCAUUUUGCAGCCGUCAAUGGGCAUGUAAGGUGCAUUAGACUUGUCGUGGCUGACUUUGUUCCUAGUGCUCCUUAUGAAGCUUUACAUGCUCGCACGGAGGCUGACAUUGGUGAUGGAUCAAAUGUGAAAAACAAACAUGAACAAAGUGCUUUGUCCAAGUUUGUAAAUAAGACAGCUGAUGCUGGUAUUACUGCCCUUCAUAUGGCUGCAUUAAAUGGGUAUUUUGAUUGUGUACAACUGCUACUUGAUCUUAAUGCAAACGUGUCAGCUGCGACAUUUCAUUAUGGAACAUCAAUGGAUUUAAUAGGGGCUGGGAGCACUCCAUUGCAUUAUGCUGCUUGUGGGGGCAGUUUAAAAUGCUGUCAGAUCCUCCUUGCAAGAGGUGCCAGCCGGAUGGCUUUGAAUUGCAAUGGGUGGCUUCCACUUGAUGUCGCUAGUAUGUGGGGGCGUCAUUGGCUUGAACCAUUACUUUCACCCAGUUCUGAUGCCAUCAUACCUUCAUUCCCUUCUUCAAAUUAUUUGUCCUUGCCUCUCAUGAGUGUGCUUAACAUAGCCAGAGAGUGUGGAUUGCAAUCAUCUACAACCUCCUCUAACGAAAUUGACUUUUGUGCUGUCUGCCUGGAGAGGCCGUGUGCAGUGGCUGCAGAAGGAUGUCGGCAUGAGCUUUGUGUAAGAUGUGCACUCUAUCUUUGCUCAACAAACAAUGUUUCUUCUGAAAUGCUUCGUCCUCCAGGCUCUAUCCCUUGUCCCCUCUGCAGACAUGGAAUUGUUUCCUUUGUCAAGUUACCAGGCUCCCAAGCAAAAGAAAAUAAAUUGCAUGUGUCUCUUGGCCUAUGUACCCCAUGCAUGCUUCAUCCACGUGACCUUGAUCGACCAUCUCUCUCUCAUACACCGGAGAUUCGAAGAAACCGGGUUGCUUCUGUUCCUUCAGAGAUGCUUUGUCCUGUCACUUGUACUCCAUUUCCAUCUGUAGCUAUUCCUCUAUGUACCUGCAAUGAUGGUCCUUGUCCAUCUUUUGAACCCCGUCAAGCAGAAACACAAGAUGAAUCACCUCAUCACAUACAAGCCUCAACAAUGGAUCAGGACAAAAUGGAAGGGCCAAGGCUGGAUAAAACAACAUGUUCAAGCAUGUUUUGGGGGAGAAGAAGUUGCAGCAGGGAGCAUCAAUGCAAUUCAGAAAUAAAUGCUUGAACCAAUUAGGGGGUGUAUGGCCAUUCUUAUUUUGUGGAUACCGUAUACAAUCUUAGUCCAUGGUUGUCUUAUUAACCAACCUCAAAUAGUGAGAUCCUGUUAAUGUAUAUCAAGAAGAAAGAAAGUUGCUCCAUGGCAUGCAGCUUUGUUUUACUGCAUAGGUUGAUAGAUGAUAUUCUUGCAUUCAACCUUGCCACCACCUUUUUAGUUUCCCAGUUAUGAUAUUUAGAGGGUUUUGUAUAAUUAGU